GUACUGUGUGUGUGUGUGUGUGUACUGUGUGUGUGCGUGUGUGUGUGUGUACUCAGAGAGCCAGUUGAUAACUUCUCUUGAGUUGGAGAGGAUCAUGAAGAACAGAGCUGAGAGGAGGAGAUUGGUGCGCAGUGCAGGUGUGUGGCCCCAGAAGCCGCACUGUCAGUGGCCAGUGAACAGGAGUGUAGACAGAGGCCUCGCUCCCUCUGGCACGCUCCAGCACGCCCCCUGGGGCUACGUGGAAAUAAAGCCAGAGGUUCAGACAGUUGUGGAGCCUGUGUCACCGUUGGAUCUGCGCACGGACGUGAGGAUGCUGGGGCCGGGGACAGACCCGAGCGUGUGGGAGAAGCAGCUACAGCAGGAGCUGCUGCUGAUCCAGAAACAGCAGCAGAUCCAGAAGCAGCUGCUGAUCACUGAGUUCCAGAAGCAGCACGAGAACCUGACCCGACAGCACCAGGCGCAGCUGCAGGAGCACCUCAAGCUUCAGCAGGAGCUCCUGGUCAUGAAGCAGAAGCAGGACCUCCUGGAGAAAGAGCGCAAGCUGGAGCAGCAGAACCAGGAGCAGGAGCUGGAGAGGCACCGCAGGGAGCAGCACCUCCUCAUCCUGAGGAGCAAGGAGCGCGCCCGAGAGAGUGCGGUGGCCAGCACAGAGGUCAAGCAGAAACUACAGGAGUUUCUGUUGAGUAAAUCUACCAAGGACCCUGGCCCCAACGGAGUCAGCCACCCCCUGGGCCACCACCCCAAACUCUGGUACACUGCUGCCCACCACACCUCGCUUGAUCAGAGUUCACCCCCCCUGGGCGGGACUUCCCCCACCUACAAGUACACCCUCCCCUCAUCUGUGGACAACAGGAAUGACUUCCCACUGCGGAAGACAGCCUCCGAGCCCAACCUGAAAGUGCGGUCACGGUUGAAACAGAAGGUGGCAGAGAGAAGGAGCAGCCCGUUGAUGAGGAGGAAAGAUGGCAGUGUCAUCACACCCUUCAAAAAGAGGACCCUGGAGUUCAUAGACUCUACAGUAAGCAGCAGUGCUCCAGGAUCAGGUCCCAGUUCCCCUAACGGGGCGUCCAGUGCCCUGGGAGCUGAAAACGGACCCUCCUCCCUGCCCACCACCACUCAGACCGAGCGCUGGCCCACACAUCAGAGAGUACUGAAGCCUGAGGAAUCGAUGACCUUGCUGAGUCUCUACACAUCUCCUUCCUUGCCCAAUAUCACCUUGGGCCUGCCGGCUGUAUCCUCCCCCAUAAACGCUGCUCUGGCCCUGAAGGAGAAGCAGGGAGAUGGUGGCAGCGUGGCGGCUGCUCGACCGGCUCUGCCCGCUCACUUCCUCGGCACCGUGCCCCUUCAGCCCGGCCUGGCCCCCGUCGCCCUGGAGACCAAGGUCAACAGCAGCCACCAGGCUCUCCUGCAGCACCUCCUCUUGAAGGAGCAGAUGAGGCAGCAGAAGAUUCUCUCCUCUGGCCCAGGAAGCACCCCUGUCCUUCCACAGUCCCCCCUGGCCAUGAAAGAGCGACCGGCCUCCAGCGUGAGGCACAAACUCCCCCGACACCGGCCCCUGAACCGGACCCAGUCAGCACCGCUGCCCCAGAGCACGCUGGCCCAGCUGGUCAUCCAGCAGCAACACCAGCACUUCCUGGAGAAACAGAAACAGUACCAGCAGCAGGUCCACAUCAACAAGUUGCUGUCAAAGUCCAUCGAACAGCUCCGCCAGCCCAAUGCCCACCCGCAGGAGUCUGAGGAAGAGGACACUAAGGAGCAGCCUAUGCAGGAGGACAGGGUGCCCCCUAGUGGAGUCACGGAACGGCAGCCAAAGCCACAGCAGCAGCAGCAGCAGCAGCAUCAGCAGCAGCUGCAGUUCGGAUGGAGAGCUCCCGGGCUCUCACCCGGGGGUCAUCAAGGUCAAAGACGAGCCCCCCGACAGCGAGGACGAGGGCCUGGCCAAUCAGAGCACAGCAGCCACGCAGAGCGCCUACCUGCACCAGGUAAAGGGGAAAGAUUUCGCCCAGAGGCUGGUGAUCAGGGCCAUCAUAUGAAGCGUAGUAGAGCGAGAGAUCACACACUCAGACACUGCAGCAGACAGACAGGGAACACUCUCCUCCUGGGCCUGAGCCCCGGCCCAGAGCCCGGUCUGGAGCUGGCCCGGCUCCGCGGUGCAGUCGCAGGGAGCGGCUGGGCAGGAAAUGCCUUGUGGAAGCGCGGAGCGGGAAUGAUUCAUCGAUCCGCGCGGGUCCCCCCGGCCCCCGGAACACGACGCCGUCGGCCCUCUGCGCUGUUCGCUGUGGAUGGGAGGGGGGACUUGAGCAUCCUUACGUACCAAAGCUCGUGUUUGAUUUCGGGGGCGAGACCCGCUUUCCUCCUGGCCUCUCGACACCGCUGCACUGCCAUAAACCAAAUCCAGUCCUCCCCGGCUAGUGGGACGGGACGUAUUCACGAGAGCUGUUUGAACACGCCGCCUAUGCCCCUCCACCUCCACCUGGGCCUGGCCGGGGCCCAGUGGCGUGGUGGCCGCGGCAGCCGCUCCCUGACUCUGCGUCAUCAGGACCCAGUGAGCGGCUUCCCCGGGACUCCCAGGCCAGGACGCCUCAUCCUCGACCCAGGGCACAUCCAGCAGCUCCGCUGGUACCAGGCCCAGCUGGUGACUGUGAUGGCCGCCCGAGCUGACACCAAACCUGGGCCGUCUGCGCUGGACUCGCCCCCGCGGCCACCACAGGCCUUACUCAGCCAGGCCGGCACGCCUGCCCACUCCACCGGCCUGGUGUAUGAUGUGGGAAUGCUGAAGCACCAGUGUGUCUGUGAUAACUACGCUAACCACCUGGAGCAUGCAGGUCGUGUCCAGAGUGUCUGGGCCCGCCUGCAGGACAGCGGCCUGGUGGACUGCUGUGAGCGCAUCGUUGGUCGUAAAGCUAGUCUGGAGGAAGUCAGAUUGGUCCAUUCUGAACGCCACUCUCUCCUGUAUGGAACAAACCCACUGAACAGACAGAAACUGGACCCAAAGAAGCUGCUGGGCUCCACUCCUCAGGACAACUUCACUGUAUUGCCUUGCGGGGGAUAUGGGGUGGACAGUGACACAGUUUGGAAUGAGCUGCACUCAUCCACGUCGGCACGCACGGCUGUGGGCUGUGUCAUGGAGCUGGCGUCCAGAGUGGCCUCAGGAGAGCUGGAGAAUGGCUUUGCUGUGGUGAGACCUCCCGGCCACCAUGCAGAGGAAUCCACAGCCAUGGGGUUCUGCUUCUUUAACUCCAUUGCAAUCACUGCAAAAUACCUGAGACAGAAGUUGAAUGUCCCCCGGAUCUUAAUUGUGGACUGGGAUGUUCACCAUGGCAACGGCACACAGCAGGCCUUCUAUGCUGACCCUGCCGUCCUCUACGUCUCCCUGCAUCGCUUUGAUGGAGGGAACUUCUUCCCUGGGAGCGGAGCCCCUGAUGAGCGUGGCAGCGGCCUUGGCGAAGGCUAUAAUGUAAAUAUUGCUUGGACAGGUGGCCUGGAUCCACCCAUGGGAGACGUGGAGUACCUCGCAGCUUUCAGGACGAUAAUCAUCCCGCUCGCCCACGAGUUUGAUCCCGAUGUGGUGCUGGUAUCAGCCGGGUUUGAUGCCAUGGAGGGUCAUGAACCACCGCUGGGCGGAUACAAAGUCACGGCCAAAUGCUUCAGUCAUCUGACCCGGCAGCUGAUGCAAGUGUCCCGGGGCCGCCUGGUCCUGGCGCUGGAAGGGGGACACGACCUGGGCGCCAUCUGCGAUGCGUCAGAGGCCUGCGUCAACGCACUGCUGGGAAAUGAGCUGGAGCCCCUCUCUGAGGAUGUUCUCCACGCAAAGCCGAAUGCAAAUGCCGUGAGCACCAUCACAAAGAGCAUCCAUGUUCACAGCAAGCAUUGGAAAUGCCUGAAAAGAUAUUCCCCUACUGUUGACCUAUCACUCUCUGAAGCCUUGAGUCAGGAAAAGGACGAGACAGAAGCUGUCAGAGCAAUGUCACUGCUCUCCGUCGAUGUGAACCUUUCAUCAAAACCACAGGAAAUCAGGCCGGCCCCUGAGCCAAUGGACGAAGAGCCAGUUCUGUGAAGUGCCAAGUCUUCCCAGCCAUUUCCUGUCUGUGACAUCAUUGUGUAUCCCCAGAAGGCACCCUGAUCCGUGUCUUGUCUACUGCCUGGGUGGCGCACA